AGCCCGACACGCUGCCAAACUCCUCAGAGCACACAGCCACAAGCUCCUCAGAACCGACGCUGCGCGACAUUAGGCAACUUCCAGCACACUCGUGCACGUCGCUCGCUUUUAGGAGGGGAAAUUACAAAAGUAGGAAGUCUGGAGAAAAGGAACAGCUGAAGAAGUAGAAGAAAAGAAAGUGCAUCUAGCUAACAGCAGAGGCAGAGGAUGGAUGCGCACGCGAAAGAGGGCCCGCUGUACAUGCAGCAGUAUAAACUGGUCAAGAAGUGGAAGAAGAGCUGGUCGGUGCUGUACCCAGACUCUCCGAGCGGCGUGGCGCGGCUCGAGGUGUUCGAGAGCGGCAGCGGGGAGAAGCCUGGCGGCCGCAGGGCGGACAGGAAGGUCAUCCGGCUGUCGGAGUGCAUCACGGUCCUGCCGGCGCCCGAGGAAGCGUGUCCCCACGACGGCAUGGCCGCCUUCUGCGUGCACACGGCCGACAGGAGCCACGUCUUCGCAGCCGACAGCCGGGACAGCGUGGACUGGGUGCAGAGGAUGUGUGAGCUGGCCUUUCAGGGCAGCAGGGGUACAGACUCAUGGGUCCAGCGGCAGCCCCACAUGGAGGAGAACCUCAUUUACGAGUCCCGAGAGGAAGUGAGGCAGUUCUGGGUGAGUGUGCAGAGGACGGAGGCUUCUGAUCGUUGUGGCCUGCAGGGGGCGUACUGGCUGAGUGUGGACAGCGACGGCCUGGUGCUGAAGGAGCCGGACUCUCGCAGGACCCUGCUGGCCUGGCCCUACAGACUGCUGCGCCGCUAUGGCCGGGACAAGGGAGCAUUCUCCAUGGAGGCGGGUCGGCGCUGUGAGUCGGGUCCUGGCAGUUUCACCUUUGAGACUCAGCAGGGGGUGCAGAUUUUUGGCUUGGUGGAGGCGGCCAUCCGGGAGCAGCGGGCGCUGGCGGAGGAGGAGGGGCCCCGCAGCUGUGUGACCCUUGACCCCGGCGUCCCCGAGGGGGAGAGGCAGAGCCCGAGGAGCUGCAGCCCGGCGGAGGACCCAAGUGAUGUGUACUCCGAGCCCCUGGACUGCGUGCAGGAGGCCUGUGACGCCACCGAGGGCGUGUACGCCGACCCGCAGGACAGCGUCCCCGCACCCUCCCCCAGCCCGCGCCCCCCCUCACCUGGCCAUCACCAUGGUGACGCGGCGGAGCCGCUGUACGCGGAGGUGUAUGACCAAGUCAGGCCGGACCCGGGCCUGCAGGCCCUGAGGUCAGAGAGAUGCGGGGGCGAGCCGGUGAGGAAGGGGGCAGUGCGGGGGAGUCCCAAAGCUGCGAGGGCCCGCCGCCCCCCCGACACCCCCCUGCCCCACAGAGAGCUCUCUCCUGUGCCUGACAGCCAGGGGGCGCCAGAGCCCCUGUACAGCCAGGUCUUCAAACACACCCACCAAAAGAGCACCUGGAACCCUGACCAGGACGACGUCAUCUACGACAACCUGGGGGUCAUUUAACCUCUGACCCCAGGAACCCCCCCCCCC